AUGACUCUUACUGUUGUUCACUACCCAACAUGCCAAGUGCACCUUGACGAGGAUUUGGCAAAAACGUCUAACAGAGUCUGUAAGAAAUGUUUCGGCUGUGAGGUGUAUGUGAGCGUGGAUCCUGCUGCGAACGUAAAAACAGUUCAGACGGACAUUUCUGCCUUACUGAGUACGAACUUCUCUUUCAACUUCCUCAUCAUAGAAGCUGUCCAUGACAGCAUCACCGUACUUCCUGCUGUGAUUUCCCCUCAUGUCACAGGACCACCACCAACUAGUACGCCUUCUUUAACCACCUCAGAAAAAGGUUUAACGGAGACCACAUCGCCUAAGCCUGCUAAGUUUUCAACGACAGAACCUGUAGAUCGCACUGUAACAGUUGUCAUGCCAGAUCAGUUUUUUCGAGUUAAUUUGAACUUACUCAUAAGAGGAAUCCUGUCAAAGCCUACAGACUUCAUUGAGGAAUGGCUGCAAAAAAACCUUGAGACCAAUAACAGUAUGACUGUGGUGAAUCUUGUCAUAAAAGACGGUUAUGACAGGAGCAUGGGAGAGUACACCGGCUUACUGGCUCCCUUCAGCAAACAGAAUCCAUACAACUGCAUCUUCCAUGUUCAAGAGUAUCACAAGAACGAUGUGGAUAAAGUUGAGCAAUCAAUUCAUUUUGCCUUGACAUCAGAAUAUAAAAACAUCUCUUUUGCAAUUCAGACAACAAAUAUAUCAAUCAAACACAUAGAGCCAAAAAGCUGUUUAGAAGAAGAAACCUCAUUAUUGUAUGGGCAAUACAUUUGGCCAGAAACAUUUCCACAAGUCACUGCAGAGAGGGGAUGCAGGAAACCAGUAUCAAAUCUAGCCUACAGACUUUGUAAACUAGACAUUGAAACUGAUACGACCAGCUGGGAUGAUCCUAAUAUGACAAACUGUGACAAGUUUGCAACAAUACCAGACAUCAGCAACAUUACAGUCACACCUGAUAAUGCAGCAGAGGUUGUGGACAUAAUUCAGGACCUCGUAGAUGUUCAGCUCAGUAUUAACUCCAAGCUGUCUUCCUCUGAGCUGGUAUUGGUGAUGGAGAAGCUAAGUGAAGUGGUUCAUGUUAGCAUCAUCGAACUUAAAGUUGGCGUUGACAUUGUCAACAUCGUGGCCAACAUCCUGCUUUCUGAAACUGACGUCACACCAGUCGCUGACAUUGUCCUUGAUCUUAUGGACCAGAUGGGGAACAGUAUGGAAUUUCAAGGGGAAUCUACAAAUAUCAAAUCUCCUGUGUUUGCCCUUUCCAUGAUUAAUGUCGAUCCAGAUGAGUUCAGUGGCCUCACCUUUGGUGUGUCUCUGUCAUCUACAAUGAACCCUGAGAUAUUUGUUAACCAGAGCUUUGUCAGCAAACCACUUGCAGAAACAACUGCGACUAUUGCCUUGCCCGCUGAGAUCAACAACUUUUUCCCACCUGGAGUCAGAAACACGACACGAGUGCAAUUUCAUUUUUAUGGAACACCCGACCUUUUUCAGGACCCUUACUUGAUCAAUGAAACUGAUGGGAAUUGGACGUUAAACUCCUUUGUAGUUUCUGCCUGCGUUAAUAACAGCCAAGUUAUCAGCCUGAAGGAACGAGUGGUGGUGACCUUCAAGCAUGAAGAAAACAGACGGUCAAAGUGUGUAUUCUGGGAUUUCCAAAAGUACAGUGGCCUUGGUGGUUGGAGCAGCAGCGGCUGUGAAACCCGGAACAUUUCCCCUCAUCAGACCAGCUGUCUGUGUGAUCACCUCACACAUUUCGGUGUCCUGCUGGAUGUGAGCCGAGACCCACUGGACCCCAAAGAUGUCCGGAUUCUCACAGUGAUCUCUUACCUGGGUUGUGGUGUUUCCUCCAUCUUUCUAGGAAUCACUUUGCUCACCUACCUUAUUUUUGAGAAGUUGCGUCAGGACUAUCCAUCUAAAAUACUUAUCAACUUGUCCGCUGCACUGCUGGGUUUGACCAUGCUCUUUCUUAUCGACUCGUGGCUCUCAUCCUUCUCCAACUACGCAUUGUGCAUCACGACAGCUGCUUUCCUCCACUAUUUCCUCUUGGCUUCCUGCACCUGGAUGGGCUUGGAGGCCUUUCACAUGUACUUCGCACUGGUGAAGGUUUUCAACACCUAUGUGCCCGCCUAUUUACUGAAAUUCUGCACUGUUGGAUGGGGUGUUCCUUUGGUGAUAGUCAGCCUUGUGCUCGCCAUAGAUAAAGAUGCUUAUGGAAGCUCUGUACCUGAACAAGCAGGAGUGGCGCUUGAGUCCACUGAACAAUUCUGUUGGAUUCAGAACAACAUUUUCUACUACAUCACAGUGGUGGGAUUUAUUCUCAUCAUCUUCUUGGGCAACAUUGGCGUGUUCAUCAUGGUUCUGAUCCAGAUCAAACUAAUGAGGGCCAACAAACCGCUAGCCAAGAGCCGCAGCGCGCUGCAGGACUUCAGAGCAGUCGCCGGCCUCACUGUCCUGCUGGGCCUCACUUGGUCGUUGGGCUUCUUUUCAUUCGAAGCAGGACGAGGCGUCCUGAUCUACCUAUUUGCAAUUUGCAACUCUUUUCAAGGAUUUUUUGUUUUUGUGUUCCACUGUUUGAUGAAGGAAAAUGUGAGGAAACAGUGGAAAGCUUAUUUGUGCUGUGGACGUUUCAGGGUUAAUGAAACCUCAGACUGGAGCCGCUCUGUAACAAUGGACGUUCGUAACAAAAAGGCCAAUCUUGUCAAAUCUGGCUCAGUUCACUCUGACAACACCUCCUCCACCAAGUCACUGACUCCUCCAUGUAAUCUCCAAAACACUCACACCGCUAGGUGGCAGUAGUGAGCUUCUGAAUCAGGAAGACAAGAUUCAUCAAUCAUCACAAAUUUGGGUACAAAUAACUUUUUAUAAUGAGCAGGGAGAAAUCACAAAAAGCAUAUUUCUUAAGAGUUACUCUGGAUUUUUUUUACUAUUAUGAACAUUUCACCUUAAAGUAUUGUCACAUAUGAGAAGUAUACACUGAAAUGAACUAGGUUUAAUUAAUUUAUUUCAUGGAAACUGAAGAUUUUUUAGGUUAGGUUGGCAAUAGUAGAGGUAUAAAAUCUGCAGUGCACUUUGAAGGAUUUCAAAACAAGACAGAGAAACAUUUUUAUAUAUUGUUACGUCUAUCAGCGUUGUUAAAUAUUUUAAAGAAAAUGCUGCUCAUUCGUUCUAUAUUUCUGUAUGUUUCCACUAAAGACAAUUCUGUAAACUGUGCUUGAUUUUAAUUUUUAAAUAAACCAUUUAUUUUGUUUUAUUUUAUUUACUGAGAACUAAAAAGCUUGUUAGAAUCAGAGAUCUUUUUUAUCUGUGUUUUUGAUUUUUGAUAGCAAGAUACAUUUGGGUAAUUUAAUGUGAAUGCAUAAUUUAACUGAAGCAAGAUUAUUUUUGUAAGAUGUAUCCUGUGUAAUUUAUUGCUGAAAUAAAAAUGCAAUCAUGAUCA